CGACCACGUCUACAGCCCAAAAGAAAGGGGGUUGCUGUGCAGAUGAGAACGAGGACUGAAAUUUGAACCAACUAGAGCAAUGAAAGCGAAAUAGGUCACAAGAUAUAUUUCCCAAUGAUAGUUGUUUAUCCGGACACCGUUCUCUCAAUGCAACAUUUUCUGAGGUCACUUCCACUGAAGAAUGAUUUGGAGCGGGUUUACGGAGCUGUCGCUCAUAUUCUUGGGCUUUCUGUGUGUGCACAGAUCGACCUCUAAACAAGACACGAAACCCGAGGCAUGGCUACAGCAGUAUGGUUACUUGCCACCUGGUGAUCUCAGGACACAUACUGCCCGCUCACCUCACUCUGUCUCCUCUGCCAUUGCUGCCAUGCAGACAUUUUAUGGCCUGAAAAUCACUGGCAACAUGGAUCCAGCUACUCUAACGGCAAUGAAGAGGCCCCGCUGUGGUGUCCCUGACAAGUUUGGAGCAGAACUGAAGAGCAACCUGAGAAAGAAGCGCUACGCGAUCCAGGGACUGAAGUGGGAUAAAAAUGACGUCACAUAUUGUAUACAGAACUACACGCCAAAGGUUGGGGAAUACGAGACAUUUGAGGCGAUCCGAAAAGCCUUCAAAGUGUGGGAAAGAGUUACACCUCUGCGAUUCCGAGAGAUCCCUUACAGUGACAUCAGAGAUAAGGUCGAGAACUUUGCAGACAUCAUGCUCUUCUUCGCUGAUGGUUUCCAUGGUGAUGCCAGUCCAUUUGAUGGCGAAGGAGGCUUCUUGGCCCAUGCCUACUUCCCUGGCAAUGGCAUAGGAGGGGACACACACUUUGAUGCAGCAGAGCCUUGGACAAUUGGCAACCGUGACCUGUUGGGUAAUGACGUGUUCCUGGUGGCUGUGCAUGAACUUGGCCACGCCCUGGGUUUGGAACAUUCCAAUGACCCCUCUGCCAUCAUGGCUCCCUUUUACCAGUGGAUGGACACUGAUAACUUUCAGCUUCCUGAAGAUGACCGUAGAGGCAUUCAACAGCUUUAUGGGCCGUACACCGGAGUUGAUCCACGACCGCCUGUCACCCCUCAGACCCCCCACCACACCCCAUACCCCACACCACAGAGGCCAGGAGGACCUAGCUUUGGCCCUGAUAUCUGUGAGGGCCAUUUUGACACCAUUGCCAUUUUCAGAGGGGAAAUGUUUGUUUUUAAGGAUAAGUGGUUCUGGCGUGUCCGUAAUAAUAGAGUUAUGGAAAAUUACCCCAUGCCAAUUGGACAUUUCUGGAGAGGUCUGCCAACAACUAUUAAUGCUGCUUUUGAAAGAGAAGAUGGAAAAUUUGUUUUCUUCAAAGAGGACAGGCAUUGGGUGUUUGAGGAGUCAAACUUGGAGUCAGGUUAUCCAAAGACCCUAAGAGAGAUGGGCAAUGGUCUCCCCAAGGACAGACUGGAUGCAGCCCUCUUAUACACCCCAACUGGCAACACGUACUUCUUUAGGGGAAGCAAAUAUUAUCGUUACAAUGAAGACACGCAGUCAGUGGAUCCAGACUACCCCAAAUCUAUGAGUAAAUGGCAAGGUGUUCCAGACAACAUAAAGGCUGCCUUCAUGAGUCGAGAUCAAAGUUACACCUACUUCUACAAAGCCAAUAAGUACUGGAAAUUUAAUAACCAGUUAUUAAGAGUGGAGCCUGGAUACCCCAAGUCUGCACUUAAAGAUUGGAUGGGUUGUCCUGAUGAAGAGCCCAAAACUGGUGGUGGUGGUGGUGGAGGAAGUGACCGUGAACGUGAGCGUGAACGUGAGCGUGAACGUGAGCGCGAACGUGAGCGCGAACGUGAGCGCGAACGCGAGCGUGAACGUGGCCGCGAGGAAGACAAGACUGGGGAUGAAGGCACAAAGGAGAAGACAGAGGUGAUCAUAAUUGAGGUUGAAGAUGCACCCAGCAGCGGUGGAGGGGUGGCAGCUGUCGUUGUGCCACUCAUGCUGCUGGUAUGCGUGAUCUUCACACUCGGAGCGCUGCUCUUCUUCCGUAGGUACGGAACACCGAGACGCUUACUCUACUGCCAACGCUCCCUAUUGGACAAGGUUUAAAGAGGGGAGAAAAGAGGAAAGAAGUGGAGGAGAGGAGAAAAUGAAUAGUAUGGAAUAAGGGGACUUACAAAAGCAAACAAAAAUGAGAAACAGAAGUCAAAAAGGGACCCUUUAUUGUUUACUUUAGAAAUGAUGCCACUCUUUUUUAUAUUUCAUAAUAAGUGGUCUUAAAGGUUUAGUUCACCCACAAAUGACAAUUCUGUCAUCAUUUACUCACCUUUAUGCCAUUUCAAAACCUUGUGAAUUUUUUAUUUCCAUGUGGAACACAAAAGAUGUUAGACAAAAUGUUCUAACAUGGUCACUUUCAUUGUAUGGAAGAAAAUUCAAUGAAAGUGAAUGGCGACUGAGGCUAUUUUUCUGUCUUACAUCCUUUGUGUUUCACAAAAAAAAAAGUACGUCAAAAAGGUUUGGAGACAGAUUUCAAAUUUUGGAGGGAACUAUCACUUUAAACAUUUUGCUUUCACACCUGUGCCGAGCUCUUCCUGCACGCUGAAAAAAGGCAUAUGGUAUCUCUCCCCUCUUCUCUCAAUGUCUUCUUUCCCUUCUGGUGUAGCCCAUGACGCCAGCUCAUCGCUGUUUGUUUAGCCGUUUUAUAAUGUUUUUUUUAUGUAAUUUUAUAGUUGUGGUCGUUAUUGUAUGUCUGACUCAUUGUGAAUUCUUACCCUCUGUCAAAUCAGUACUUUGACAGAUUAACAGUAGACUUUUUACCUAUCUCAGGUUGACACAACCUUACUAACAAUAAAGUACCAAAAAGAACUUGGGUUUUUCCAUGGAUAUUUGAAUGUGGUAUCGUGGUACACAGUUCCUACCAUCAAGGAAAACCUGAAAAUAUCUAGCCACCUGAGAGUAUCUGCUGUGUGCAUUUUCCAUUCCCCUUUUUGAUUUGUAACUAGUAGCCCAUAAGAAACCAGAGAGAUUUCCUAAACAUGUAUGCUCACAUAUGUGGCCAGUGGGACUAAAUUGUGCAUUUUAAAUAAUGCCAAGCUAUAGAAGGUAAAACAUUUUUUUUUAUUUUAUUUUUUUAUCAAAUUCUUUGUUUCCAGGAGUGUUGGUUAUUCACUGUCCCAUGUCUGCCAAACAUGUUGAGUGUUUCAAACAUAAUCUGCAGCCUGAAACUGAACUUUUCACCGGAUGUUCGGUAUGAAUGCACUUGGCUGCAUAGGAAAGCUAUAGGAUGCUCCCUAAUUAGGGAAUGACCUCCGGUGUGCUGUCUAUCUGCUCUGGCCUCAGAACAGUUUUAAAUGCACCUUAUUUUCACUUCAUAUACAUCCUUUGAAAGCAACAUUUUGCAGCUUUUGGAUGCAUCAAUUGAUUCUCAAUGUGAUAAUUCACAGUGAAUAUAGGAUGUUUUAAGGAAAAUGAGCCUAUAGUCUACGUACGUGGUCAUUGUGUUUAACAGCGUGCUGUUUCACAAUAAAUCGAUACAUUUUUUUAAAUGGCAUAUCCGAUGAAAGUUGAGACUACUCUGACACAAACAGGUUUUAAUGUAAAAACUUAAGGAGGUCUCUUACCAUAUGUAGUUUUGCUGCCAUUCCUUCCAAAGAAAAACUUAGCUGUGAUCGGCACCAAGUUGUUUUCACUCAAUGCAUCAAACCAUUGAUACAAUUUACUGACAGCCUAGAGUCUCCUGAACUGAGAUCAGUUGAUUUGAAAUGAAAUGAAAUUAUGCAUAGCCUAUAGCAAAGCCAAAACAUAAUGUUCACGCAUGUGGGUGCUGGGUCUAAGGAUGACUAUGAGUGUAUUUUUUUUCUGUUUAUGCCCCGCAAUAUUCUAUUGGCUAGAAAGUGCUCUUAGGAAGUGCAAUUUCCCUCAAAACUUCUCUCUCGUUUUUUUUUUACAUGCUUCACUGGUCAAAAGAAAUGGAAACCCUGAUGGCACUGGACAUGUACCAUUGCAAUACCAUUUUAUUCUUUGAUUGCCAUAUUCAUGUUACCAUGGAACAUGAAUAUGGUAAUUUUUGAAUACCAUGUUAUUAUCAGAUACCACCACAGUACCUUUUGUAAGGACUCUCAGAUGCACAAGGUUCAAAAUGGAUAGUUAACCCAAAAAUGAUGUCAUAAUUUACUCACCCUGUUGUUGUUACAAAUCUUGAACUAUCUCUUUAAACACUUAAACAGCACAGGGCUGUAGUCUCUGUGCCCCUCCCAACGCAUGCAAACCCGCAGCCAAAGAACUGCCAUUCCAAAGAUAAUUGAUACUUAACUCACUAACAGUGCCUUUAGAAGCCUGCAAAGCUGUGCUGUCUGUCCAUGUCCUCCAGUAGUAUGGCUUUAUAUUGUACUGUAUUUUAAAUAAUUACUAUUAUUGAUAAUGAUGAUGUCAUUAUCAUUGACUAUUAGUAUUGUUAUUGUUCUCCAUGUCAAGAAUGUGUUUUUUUUUAUUAUUAUUAACAAUUGUCAUUAAAAAUGUCCUGCUGGACAGGCAAUAAUGUAUGUCUUAUGAAGUGGCCUUAAUUUUGGGGGAAGUGAAUGGGUGGGUUUUGUAUUUUUGAACUGAAAUAAAUUUAAAAUAAAGUUUCAAUGCUCGUGUUUACAAUUAUUCAAAACUGGUGGUGAUUUUUUAAAAAGUGGAAUAUAAACUUAGUGAAAAAACAAUAAUAAUAAUAAUAUUUGAAUGAUGAUGAUUAUUAUCUAAAACAUAGUGCUUGUCUUUCAAACCUUUAUGUUUAAGAA